AUGUUACAAUUGCAUGGUUUCUAUCCGUCUUUGGCUGUAAACAUCUAUGCCUUCCUUAUCCUGAUUAUUCACACAAUUUCUGUAAAUGGACAGUUUGUUGUCGAAGUGUUGGAACCAGCUCGUAUGGGUAUGCGACGUUCCGUUCAACGUUGUGAAGCUACGGGAGCAAAUUUCGGUGCUGAUAUAGUAACGUUCUCAUUUGGUCAUGAAGCUAUCGGAUGUGCUGCACAUGCUGUUCCCAUUGAUGCAUGUGUGGAUGUAACGUAUCCGUCCAAUAUCACCCUUUGUGAAUCAAAUUUCGCUCUAGUACCGAGAGGUAAUUGCAGUUUCUCGGAAAAGGCCUACCAUGUCCAGCGCGCGGAGCCUGAAGGUUUCAAGGCACUGAUUGUCUAUAACUCUGAGGGUAAAGCUCCUAUCGACAUGGCGGGGAGCAAAUAUGCCGAUUUGGUCCGCAUUCCCGUGCUGAUGAUCUCAUACCAAUGUAUGUUAGCCAUUAACAACACAUAUCCAGCUAGUCAAGGGUAUACCGUGCAGGUGAAAGUCUCGCCAGGUUAUUACGACUUGUUCCGUUAUCUAAUUCCAUUCGUUGUCGUCGUAGGAUUCUGUUUCAUCGUGUUGCUCAUCAGCUUGGUACGUAAGGCGAUUCGCUUAUGCCGCGAACGUCGGCGUGUGGCGCGUAAGCGUCUCUCUAAACGAAAUCUUCGUAAGAUUCCAACCAAGAAGUUUCGAAAGGGUGACGAACCGGAAACUUGUGCAAUUUGCCUCGAUGAUUUCAUCGAGGGUGAGAAGCUGCGCGUUCUACCCUGUCGGCACACUUAUCACUGUAAGUGUAUUGAUCCAUGGCUAACGCAAAAUCGUAAGGUUUGCCCAAUGUGCAAAAGACGAGUUGGUGCGAAGAAUUCUGACUCGGAGUCCAGCGACGAAGAAAGGCGCCCAGAGCAGCCAUCUUCUUCUCGAAGCACUUCUGUUACUCAUACUUACAUCGAAGACGAAGAGCGUACGGAAACUCCCAUACUCUCUGCAUCAACUAGCCAAGUACUCGCAGAUGUUCAUCAUAGCGAUAUCGGCGGAUCCCGUGAGCAGUUGGUGGAGACAGACGAUGCAGCUCUGACUUCGGAACGAGAAGGUUCAGACGAUGAAAUGGAGACAAACACCCUGUCUCAAUCUCUGAAGAACAAAUUGAAAGGAUUCUUCACUAAGGCAUCAUCUCGUCAGCCAACUGAUGGUUCUGGAGAAGUAAACGGGGCAUAUGAGGGUGGCACUACUCCUCCCGCUGAUACUGUCUCGGUACAAACUGCAAUUUUUGAAGAUGUCUCCCUUGAGGAUGGUUCCAGCCGUGCCGAAGAUGACGAAAGACGCCGUCAUCCUGCUGGAUCCCAUGCCACGGUCACUGACAAUGUUCUGCGUGAUGAGUCGCUGAGCGAUGAGGAGACUGAUGUCGGUGAUGGUCGCAAGAAACGUCUUCGUACAAGACGUGAACGCGAUGGUGACAGAUCGCGUUCUCGUGAUCCGCCAUCUGGAGGCGACGGAGGCUUUCCUACUUCAUUCGGAAAUCUCCCUGUUUAGUUCGUAGCACACGGGCGCGCUAAGCACUUUCUUGAAUACGGUGUAUCGACGCAUAGGAACCAAUAAUACGUUGGUAUUAUUAUCUUCGUUUUCUAUCUACAAUUCGUUGGGUAUAUUAUUGCAUGUGCUUCAUUCAAAUGUGUGCUUCAUUCUGCCGCCUCAACCUCCAUUCACUUCCCUAUUUUCCCCUCACGGUGGCUUUCGUCUACCUCGAUAUCUCUUCAUCGCUCUUGCCUUCCUUGCUCUGCGUUAGUAGCUGCAAUGCAUGUUCCCCAUAGGAUAUGCCAUAGUGUUUCGUUUUUGUUUCAUCUUUUCUCAUGUACAGUCUGCGCCUCGCUUUGGGGCUACAGCGGACUGGUUGUCGUUUUGACGGUUAUCCGUUUGAUAACCAGAGAUUGAUGGCGUAUACCCAGUGAAUUGGAGGAUUCGUGUCAUUUUUCUUUUUGUGAGCUAGUCGCACAAAUAUCUUCCAAAGCACAUUUAUUUGUUUGUUCGUUCAAAAUGUCUUCCUUAUUUUGUGUGCGUGUACGGCAUAACUAAUUAGAAAUUUUGGUCUCAAAGACAGCCCUCGUGUAUGCCUUAGAAGCGCCUUUGAUGUACUUUUUUGGCAUCUUAUGAGGUGAUGAGGUAGUUGACCGACGCCCGUGAGGUCUUUCCGGCUUUAGUCGUGUACUAUAUUGUCCUUUCUCUGGGUACGUUCCUCCUUUGUUUCCAUCAUGUCGUCGUUUUUUUAUUUCAAAGAUUGUGUUCCCUAUUUUGAUCGAGUGUCAUGCAUAAAAUGUUU